AUGAAUCCCUCGAAGGUAUAUUUUUUUAACUGCACUCAAACUGCGGACGACAACGACGCGCUCACAGAACCACCAUCCGGCAACGUCGCUCUUAUGCGGCAGGUGUCUAAGCGGUACGAACCGGACGAAGAUAGUCCUCCAAGCGAGUGCACGUUGGUACCGAGAUGCAGAAAGAAAACCAACAAACCGGUUGGAGGUCGGUGUUGUUGGAGCGACAAAGACGAAUGUAAUCGUAAAGAAAGACGGCCUGCCAAAGGACGGAGAAGAGACACAAUACCCACGUGGGAGUGCAUGGGACAGGAUGGAUGA